AUGACUCGAAUGCGCCUAAACUGUUCUACCUCUGCAAAUUGCAAGCGCCAUAUUUCUGAUAGUCCUGUAACAACUUGUCCAACGUGCAUUUCACUCAAAAUAUCCACCCAGGUGUUUUAUGUUGCUCCUCCACCAGAACCUACUGGAGUGACGUCUGGCAAUAUUAAGAGCGGAUACGUCAAGAGCGACAUUAUGUACAUGAUAAUGAUGAUUUGGAAAGUGAAGCCUAUGUCUACUGUAUCAAGUAUCACAUUGCUUAAAGCGUUGAACUUUAAGACGAUUGAUGCUUUUGAAGAGAAGGUGGUUGAUCUUGACAUUGAAGAGGGUUUGAAGUUGGUGAAGGCAUCAUUGGAGUCAAAAACCGCUCUUACAAAUGUUUUCCUUGGUAAUAAAGUGCAUGAAGGUUUCAACUUUGGUCCUCUAAAGAAAUUGAGCUUUUGGAGGUUCAUUUUAGUUUGUGGAUUGACAUUGACUGCAUUGGCUUACAUUGGAUUAUUUCAACUUUGGCCCUCUGAUCUUAUUGGUAACAAAUAUUAUACCACAAGAUAUGGUAAAAACGACCCAACAAGUCCAAGGAAACCAAUCUGCUUUCCCAAUGAUCCUUUUGCACUGUCGUUGAUACAAAAAUGA